AUGACUUUCAAAUUAAGUUCUGAAUUAGUGGAUGCUGCCAAAGAGAGUGGCGAUGCCAUACGCAAAAAGGAAGAGACUCAUAGAAUGGCAGAGGAACUUUUGCUUGCAUUGUAUUAUUUGGUUUACGUAACGGAAUUGAUAACAUUCGAGAUUACAGAUUAUACACAAAAGAUCCUUUUUGGCUCUCUCUUUAUCCCUAUGUCUCUUAUCCCUAGGAGGUCUUCCUCCACUAGCAGAUAUUGGAACAUAAAUUUGGAAGAGAUGAUGGAGGCAGGAGUUCAUUUUGGUGAUGGUACUAGGAAAUGGAAUCCUAAAAUGGCGCCUUAUAUCUCGGCAAAGCGUAAGGGUAUUCAUAUUACAAAUCUUACUAGAACUGCUCAUUUUUUAUCAGAAGCUUGUGAUUUAGUUUUUGACGCUACAAGUAGGGGAAAACAAUUCUUAAUUGUUUGUACCAAAAACAAAGCAGCUGAUUCAGUAGAGUGGGCUGCGAUAAGGGCUCGGUGUCAUUAUGUUAAUAAAAAGUGGCUCGGCGGCAUGUUAACAAAUUGGUCUACUACAGAAAAAAGACUUCAUAAGUUUAGGGACUUGAGAACUGAACAAAAGACAGAGGGAUUCCACCGUCUUCCGAAAAGGGAUGCAGCUGUGUUGAAGAGACAAUUAUCUCGCUUGGAAACAUAUCUAGGCGGGAUUAAAUAUAUGACGGGAUUGCCUGAUAUUGUAAUCAUCAUCGAUCAGCAAGAAGAAUAUACGGCUCUUCGAGAAUGUAUAACUUUGGGAAUUCCAACCAUUUCUUUAAUCGAUACAAAUUGUAAUCCCGAUCUCGCGGAUAUUUCUAUUCCAGCAAAUGAUGACGCUAUAGCUUCAAUUCGAUUCAUUCUUAACAAAUUAGUAUUCGCAAUUUGUGAGGGUCGUUCUAGCUAUAUACAAAAUUCUUGA